AUGGAUCCCUUUCAUGAAUCUAACGAGGGUUAUUCAAAAAAAAUAAAUGAAGAAGAUGAUUCUAUACUAGAAAGUGAUGAAGAAAAGAGUAUUGAAGUUUUAACAAAAAAAGUGAGAGAUUUAGAAUUACAGCUUGAAUAUGAAAUAAAUCACAACGAUGUUGAAAUAUCAGAAAGAGAUGAAACAAUUAAAAAGUUAGAAGAAAGAAUUAAUGAAUUGGAGAAUUCUAAAAGUACGGAAGAAAAGGAUAUGGCUAUUUUAAAUAUGAGUGAGAAGUUACUAAUAUUAUCAAACAAAUAUGAUAUUCUUGUAAAAGAAUCUAAAUUACAAGAAGAAGAGUUAAAACAUUUAAAGAAUAAAAAAAAGUAUAGAAAUGAUAAGACCAAUGAAUUUAUUAUGACUUUAAAAAAACAAAAUGAAGAAUUUAAAAAAGAUUAUGAUAUACUAAGUGGAAAAUAUUCCCAAUUAUUAAAGGAUUAUGAUGAAUUAAAAAAUAUACAUAAAUCUUUACAAGAACAAUUUGAUGAAAAUAAAAAGAAAAUGGAAAUUAUUAGAAAAGAGAAAAUAAAUGAAGAUUUUGAUGAAAACAGCGCACUUAAGAUAUUAAACAUAGGAAAUGAUUUGUUAUACAAAAGGAAUGUGCAUAAAAAUAUGGAUGAAUUGAGUACGUUGAAAUUAGAAUUAGAAUAUAAAGAAAUGAUAAUACAAAAAUUAAUAAAAAAAAAUUUAACAGAAGGAAAAAUAAAUAAACAAGAAACUAAUUAUAGCGAUCUAAUAAGAAACAGUGAAAAAAAAAUAGAUGAAUUAUAUAAAAAAUAUUUAGAUGCCCAAAGUGAUAACGAUCAAUUAAAAAAACAAAUUAAUAAUUUAAAUAAUGAUAUAAAACAUUUAAAAGAAGAAAAUAAUAAUUUAUUGGAAACUACAAUGAAGCUAAGAGAAGCAAAAAAAGAAGGAUCUAAAAAUGAAUUACAUAUUAAUCAGUUUGAUGAUAUACUUAAUAAUCUUUUAAAAGAAAACUCUAAUUUAAAUCAAGAAAUUUCAAAACAAAAGAAAAAACAUAUGGCAGAUACUUAUUAUUAUAACAAAGAGUUACAAAUGAUAAAGAAUGACAAGUUUAAAAUAAUUGAAAAAUUUGACAAUAGGAAAAUAAAAAAUAUCCCUCAUUUAUUUCAACCAAUAAAUAUGACAUUAAAUAUGAAGGAUGAAAAAAGUGACAGUUCAGAAAACAAUAAAAAUUUUAAAAAUAAUCAUACUUAUAUAAAUGAUUCUAAUUUAAUGAAUUCAAGAUGUAAAUUAAAUAAACCUAUAAUUACAGAUGACUUAGUACAUAUUUAUAUUCAAGAUUAUAUGGAAAAAGCACAAAACAAGAAAUAA